GGGGGGAGCGGGGGGGCGAAGAAAGGUUCUGUCCCAGCCGGAUGUAGGGGCCUGAUCUGGCGGGAGGGGCGGCCCAGUGGGGGUGCCUCCUGGAGCCGCCCCCGGGACGUGAGUCCUGGAGGAGGCGAGGGUUGCAACCGAUGGUGAGAAGACUAUGAGUAAGUCUGAGAACUUGUCCUUGACUGGUUCUUCAUUGGCAUCCCAAGUUCAUGCUGCUGCUAUCAAUGGCGAUAAGGGAACACUUCACAGGCUCAUCAUAGGGAAUUCUGCCCUUAAAGACAAAGAAGAUCAAUUUGGGAGAACACCACUUAUGUAUUGCGUGUUGGCCGACAGACUGGAUUGUGCGGACGCUCUCUUAAAGGCAGGGGCAGAUGUUAAUAAAACUGACCAUAGCCGGAGAACAGCCCUCCACCUUGCAGCUCAAAAGGGAAACUAUCGCUUCAUGAAACUCUUACUUACACGUAGAGCAAACUGGAUGCAGAAGGAUUUAGAGGAGAUGACACCCUUGCACUUGACCACCCGACACAGGAGCCCCAAGUGUUUGGCACUUCUGCUGAAGUUCAUGGCACCGGGAGAAGUGGACACACAGGAUAAGAACAAGCAAACUGCCCUGCACUGGAGUGCCUACUACAAUAACCCUGAGCACGUGAAGCUGCUGAUCAAGCAUGAUUCCAACAUCGGGAUUCCGGACGUGGAAGGCAAGAUCCCUCUCCACUGGGCAGCCAACCACAAAGACCCGAGUGCAGUUCAUACCGUGCGGUGUAUUCUGGAUGCUGCCCCAACAGAGUCCCUACUGAACUGGCAGGACUACGAGGGCCGGACACCUCUUCAUUUUGCAGUAGCUGAUGGGAAUGUGACUGUGGUUGACGUCUUGACCUCCUAUGAAAGCUGCAAUAUAACAUCUUACGAUAACUUGUUCCGAACGCCACUUCACUGGGCAGCAUUACUAGGCCACGCUCAGAUUGUCCAUCUCCUUUUGGAAAGAAACAAGUCUGGAACCAUCCCAUCUGACAGCCAAGGAGCAACACCUUUGCAUUAUGCCGCUCAGAGUAACUUUGCUGAAACAGUGCAAGUGUUUUUAAACCAUCCUUCCGUGAAAGAUGAUUCAGAUCUUGAAGGAAGAACAUCCUUUAUGUGGGCUGCUGGGAAAGGCAGUGAUGAUGUCCUUAAGACUAUGCUGAGUUUAAAAUCUGACAUCGACAUUAACAUGGCAGACAAAUAUGGAGGUACAGCUUUGCAUGCUGCUGCUCUCUCUGGCCAUGUCAACACUGUGAAGUUAUUACUGGAAAACAAUGCUCAGGUCGAUGCUACUGAUGUCAUGAAACAUACUCCGCUUUUCCGAGCCUGUGAGAUGGGACACAAAGACGUGAUUCAGACACUUAUUAAAGGUGGAGCGAGGGUGGAUCUAGUUGACCAAGAUGGACAUUCUCUUCUCCAUUGGGCAGCACUGGGAGGAAAUGCUGACGUUUGCCAAAUUCUGAUAGAAAAUAAGAUCAACCCAAAUGUGCAAGAUUAUGCAGGAAGGACCCCUUUGCAGUGUGCUGCUUAUGGGGGAUAUAUCAACUGCAUGGCAGUGCUCAUGGAAAAUAACGCAGACCCCAAUAUUCAGGACAAAGAGGGAAGAACAGCUUUGCACUGGUCCUGUAACAAUGGAUAUCUUGAUGCCAUUAAAUUACUACUCGAUUUUGCUGCUUUCCCUAAUCAGAUGGAAAACAAUGAAGAGAGGUACACCCCCCUGGAUUACGCUUUGCUUGGUGAGCGCCAUGAAGUGAUCCAGUUCAUGCUGGAGCACGGGGCCCUGUCCAUCGCGGCCAUCCAAGACAUCGCGGCCUUCAAAAUCCAAGCCGUCUACAAAGGCUACAAGGUCCGCAAAGCUUUCCGAGACCGGAAAAACCUCCUCAUGAAGCACGAGCAGCUGCGCAAAGACGCUGCCGCCAAGAAGCGAGAGGAAGAGAACAAGCGAAGAGAAGCAGAACAGCAGAAGGGGAGGCUGAGUCCAGAGGCCUGCAGGCCCCAGGCCCCGCCCUGUCUGCCCAGCAACCAGGCGGAGCCCGAUGGAGCAAGCGGGACCCCCAGCGAACACCCUCCGGUCAGCACUGCAGCCCAGAGCCCUGAGCCAGGAGCCGGCAGAGAGUCUCCAAGCAGGGCCCCCCAGAAGGAACAGCAGCUUUCCCCAGAUGUUCCAGGCACGGACCCCAGAAAGCCCAGUGAACCCUCCAGGGAACAUCCCAAAGGCCGGCCCGCGUGUGUCCACUUCAUCCCGGCCCCCGGCGGUGCAGGAGGCCGGCGCCGCGGAGAGACAGCGCCCGGCGAGCAGCGGUGCGAGCGGGGCAGGGUCGCGUCCGGCGUCCGCGGGCCCGACGGGGCGGGAGAGGGCCCCGCGCCGCCGCACGACGGCCCCCCGCACAAGCCCGCAGCCCCCCGGGCCAGGGGCGCCGGCCCCAGACGGCGUGCGCAGGAGCUCAGAGGAGGCCGGCGCUCCCCGGCGGGUUCCAGCCGGCCGGGCAGUGCCAAGGGCGAGGUGGCCCCCGCCGGGCCGCACCCUCCCCACCCUCGGACCCCUCGGAACAAAGCGACGCCCCCCGACAAGCCCGCGGGACGCGGGGACCCCGCCGUGGCCCAGAACCCGGAGGCGGUGCCCGCCGGGGACAGGAAGCGGGGGCCGCGCGCCCAGUCCCGGCCCCGCGAGGCCCCGGCGGCGGCGGCGGCGGCCCCCGAGCCCGGGCCGGGCGUGAACGUGGACCUCCUCCCCGUGGAGCUGCGGCUGCAGAUCAUCCAGAGGGAGCGGAGCAGGAAGGAGCUGUUCCGCCGCAAGAACAGGGCCGCCGCCGUCAUCCAGCGCGCCUGGCGGAGCUACCAGGUAAGAAAACACCUGUCCCAGCUUUUGCACAUGAAGGAGCUUGGAGCCAGAGAUGUGGACGGACGGAAUCAAGAGUGUGUGGCACUUCUCCUCCAGAUUUGGAGAAAGGAACUGGAAAUAAAACUCCCUAAGACCACUGCAGUUAGGACCACGAAGAGUCCAUCCAAGAGUGGCUUGGGCACAAAGCCUACGAGGCAUUCGGUACUCAAGCAAAUCUAUGGUUCUUCUAAAGAAGGAAAAGUGCAUCAUCCCACAAGAUCUUCAAAAUCCCAUUCUGUGCUGCAUCUCAACUCCGUGAGCAACUUACAAUGUAUACCUCUACUUGACAACGGAAAGUCAAAGAAUUUUUCUUAUAAUCUGCAAUCAGCUACUCAGUCAAAAAAACAAAGCAAAGCUUCUACUGCCCGCGGAGGAAGACUAUGUGCAGGAGAACAGUCUUAAUUACCUGUUACAUCUUUGGAAACUGAUGCUAUCCGUGUAUGAAUCUUACCAGGAAUGUCAGAUUGUUUUCUGUUCUUACACAGCACUGUUCCGUAAAUCCUUAACUAUCUGAAAAGACCUGGGUAGACUAGACCUGUGAAAUAUGCCUAGCUGUCUGCCUUUAUGAGUCAGUAGUGUAGAAGGAAGAAAUUCUAAUUAAUGGUAACGUCUACAUGAAACUAGGAAUGUGAGUACGAAAGGGACUGUUGGGUAGGAUUUCAGCCAGCUGGAGCAAGCUCCAUUACAGAAAAUAAACAAGAUGCAGAGGAGCCUGUCCUACAGCAGCUGCUUUUCACUACUUUCUGGGAUUUAACACAAACUUCACUUCAGAGACCACACUUCCUCACUCUGACAUCAGCCUUGAAUUUCAGACCACAGCUAUGUGCAGAAAUUUCUAAGACCACGGAUCUACUAUAUAGCUGAGAGUUCUCUUGCUUUCAAUGAAAGCCAGUUUGCUGCCCACAUACCCUCUAGAAAGAGCACUCUCACUGCUGAGCAGCGGCAGCACUGGACCAAGAAAGUAGUCAGAAGUCCAAGUUUACAGACUAGACUUUCCUGCACAAUGUACCACUUCAGGCCUUCACAUCUACUAAUAUUUCCUUCCCAACCUGCAGAGGUGAGCAAGCUCGUCAAAACUGCCAUUGAACCACUGCCAGGGGAAACUGCUAACUACUCAUACUCUAGCUCUCCAAAAUAUGUCCCUCAAUAAAAUUCAGUGACUCUGGGCUUUUUUUCUUAAGGGGAAAAAAUACUACAGAAAUGUAGACAGCCAUAAACAGUGACGUUAUUUGGCUCCCAAAUAUUUCUAGGAUUACCUCCAUUUUCUCUUAAGUUCACUGCAACUAAGUCCUAACAUAAAAAAACCAGUGUUAUGUCACCUCAAUAUUUUUUUGUUCAGGUUUCUUAUAUCUUCUUGAUAGGUUAAAUGUUUCUACUUAAUUUUGAAGUAUCAAAUCACAUAAUUUUAUAAGGACCAUAAUGAAACAUUAAUAAAAAAUUAUUUAAAGUAGUUACAUAUAUAGAUAUAUAUAUAUAUAGCUCAAACCAAGCAUUGUGAAGGUACGAAAAUCCAAAACCAUGACUUGUCUUGACAUCGUGCCCCUUAGAAUAAAGGACUGAAAAACUUGCCUAAAUGUAACUCCA